AUGGGCGAACAAGACAAUGUCAUGAUUCUCGAGAAAGGAAAUGAGGUUGUGUCUACAGAGAGCAAAGUGAAGCAAACAACUCCUUAUAUGACAAGAUAUGAAAGAGCAAGAAUUCUAGGCACUCGUGCACUUCAAAUCAGUUUAAAUGCUCCUGUCAUGGUUGAACUUGAUGGAGAAUCCGAUGCAUUGGUGAUUGCUAUGAAGGAAUUACGAGAAAAGAAGGUCCCUCUUAUUGUUAGACGUUUUCUUCCUGAUCAAACCUUUGAAGAUUGGGAUGUCAAGGAUUUGAUUGUCGAUUAA